AUGGAGGAGGAAUUUGUCGAGACAUAUUGUUCAAUUGUUAUAGAGAAUGCAAAGUAUAUUGUUGGAUGGGUUUCUGUUAUGCUGAGUAGUUGGAAAAGGUGGGUGGAGAAGGCGACAACGGAUAGUGGAGGUGUUUCAAUGAGCCUUACAGAUCUCUUGGAGGUCAAACUGUCAUCCAAUUCAUUAACUGGCGUUCUUUCAUUAGAGAUUGGAGAUAUGAAAGUCCUGAAGAUAUUGAAUCUAUCAAGCAAUCAACUAUUAGGAGAUAUCCCGAUAACAAUUGGUGGCCUCAUAGAUCUAACUGAUCUCUCUUUAGCAGUCAAUCAGCUAGAAGGUUCAAUUCCAGAGUCUUUUAGUGCACUCUUAAGCUUGGAUAUAUUAGAUCUUUCCUACAACAAUUUAUCUGGAAGAAUUCCCAAGUGCUUAGAAGCACUUUUGUACCUGAAGUAUCUAAAUGUCUCUUUCAAUAAUCUACGAGGGAAAAUUCCAACAGGAGGACCAUUUGUACACUUCUGGCCUACUUCAUUUAUCUCAAAUGAUGCAUUUUGUGGUGAACCCCGAUUACAAGUUCCGCCAUGCGAAGAAGAUUCUCCUCACAAAAAAAAAGGCUAA